AGAUAAACAAAACGUCGAUAUAGAUGUAAAUAUCGAAGCUAUUAUACGUCGGUGUAUUGUAUUUAUCGUACACAUUGAUCCUCGUUUAGACAGAAUAAAGUGCACAUUUGUAGAUUAUAGGGAUUAGACAUAAGAUAUACUCUAUAAAGAUUAGAUAUACAAUGUUGGGAGGAACAGGCAUGGAGAUAGAUACCACAGACUCCGGUACAUCUAGCAAUGAUACCACUACCAAAUCAGUAGAAGAGCUCAAGGCCAUAGUAAACAAUGCUAGUAACAUAUCCGAUAGUAAGGAAGAGAUAUCACAGACAGAGUCCGCUAUAUACGAACUCGCCACGCGAUACACCAAAAAUGGACAGGCAAAUGAACUGAAGAAUCUCAUUGAGAGCAUCAGGCCUUUCCUUAAACUGCUUUCCAAGGCCAAAGCCGGAAAGCUGCUGAGGAAGGUAGUCGGACAGCGAUUGGAUAUGAAGGAUGCGUCACGCGACGAAGCUGUGACGCUGUGUGAAGAUACGAUUAAGUGGUGUGUAGAAGAGAAGCGCUCAUUCCUACGCCAAGCGCUUGAAUCGCGUCUAAUUGGGUUGUUGUUGGAAGCCAAACGGUACUCGGACUCUCUCAUACUUACAGACAAGCUUGUGAAAGAGUUGAAGCGAUUAGACGAUAAAGCUCUGUUAGUGGAGGUUCAGCUGUUAGAGUCGCGUGCAUACUACCACUUGCGAAACGGGGUUAAAGCGCGUUCAGCACUCACGUCCGCCCGUACUUCGGCGAAUGCAAUCUACUGCCCUCCGAGCUUGCAGGGUUCGCUGGAUCUGCAGUCGGGGGUCUUGCACGGAGAGGAGAAGGACUUCAAAACAGCCUAUUCAUACUUCUACGAAGCGUUUGAGAACUACGACUCCAUCGAGCACGAACUGGCCUUGAGUGGACUCAAGUAUAUGCUGUUGGCGAAGAUCAUGCUGAAUCUUCCUAACG